AUGACCUGUGUCCUUUUGACUACAAUAGCUGCUGAUGGGCCAAGUGAACCAGGCCGGAAAGGUGUCAGGAAUCAGCCCCAAGUUGAUGUGUGGGACUCAAAACUGUAUCCAGAAUGGAUGGAGGCUGGAAUUCAGGGUCCUGACUGCUGGAAAGGAGGCCAGGUGACCCUGGAGGUCAAUAAUGAUGCUCCAACUCUGACUGGUGCCCAUGUUUCCUUCUCUGUCAUCCUGCACUUCCCCCCGAGCCAGCAGGUCUUGCCCAACGGGCAUAUUAUCUGGGCCAGCAAUGGUACCAUCAAUGGGAAAUAUUGGCAAGUUUUGGGAGGCCCAGCGUCCAGACUGAGCAUUGAGACACUUGGAGUAGCUACAGGUCCCCAUACCAUGGAGGUGACAGUUUAUCAUUACCGAGGACCUCGGAGUUAUGUGCCCAUUGCCAGAGGCUUGUCUGCUUUCACCCUCACUGACCAGGUUCCCUUCUCCGUGAGUGUGUCACAGCUUCAGGCCCUGGAUGGGGGAGAAAGGCGCUUUCUGAGGAACCAGCCCUUGAUCUUCAACCUCCAGCUCCAUGAUCCUAGCAGCUAUCUGUCCCAGGCUGACCUAUCCUACACUUGGAAUUUUGGAGAUGGCAGUGGGACCUUAAUCUCCCGUGUACCCACUGUCACUCACACGUACCAGGUGCCAGGCCCAGUCACUGCCCAGGUGGUUUUGGAGGCUGCCAUUCCCCUAGCCUCCUGCAGACCCUCUCCUGCUCCAGGCACUGUUCCCUCAAGCACCCAGCCUUUGGGCACCACAGCUGGAGGGAUAGCAACUUCAGAGGCCCCUGGUACUACAUCUGGGGAGGUACCAACUACAGUGGCCUCUAGUACCACAGCCACGGAGGUACCAACUGCAGUGGCCCCUGGCACCACAGCCACGGAGGUACCAACUACAGUGGCCCCUGGCACCACUAUUAGGGAAGCACAAACUGUACAGGUCCCUGGGACCACAGUUGGAGAGAUGUCAACUGAAGUGUUCCCAGGCACCACUGCUGGGGAAAUGCCAACUGUAGCACCGACCAAUAACACAGAUGAGGGAAACUCAGUUGCAGAUGUAAUAGGGAACACAACAGGAGUAGGGCAAACUGUGGAAUCUGUGUACACCUCUGAUACAGUCAUGGUAAACCCAAGCACCAGCACUGCUAUUCCUGCAGCGGGCACCUCAGAGGUCCCCACAAUCCCUUCUACUACUCCUUUAAGACCAGAAGCCACCAACCUCCCUGGAACAACAGCUGUCCUGACGCUGGUGAGGCGCCAGACCUCUCUGGACUGCAUCCUGUAUCGAUUUGGCUCCUUUGCUCUCACCCUUGACAUUGUCCAGGGCAUUGAGAGUGCUGAAAUCUUGCAGGCUGUCCCCGUCAGUGAGGGAGAUGCAAUUGAGCUCACUGUGUCCUGCCAAGGAGGGCUGCCUGAUGAAGUUUGCACAGAGAUCUCAUCUCCAGGGUGCCAGCUCCCUGUCCAGAAAUUGUGCCAGCCUGUAGUAUCCAGUCCAGACUGUCAGCUGGUUCUGCACCAAGCUCUGGAAGGAGGUGCAGGGAUCUACUGCCUAAAUGUAUCCCUGGCUGAUACCAACAGCCUGGUUAUGGCCAGCACUCAGCUCAUAGUCCCAAGACAGGAGGCAGGAACCCAGAAGGCUCCGCUGCUGGUAGGCAUUAUGCUGGCUAUAGUGGCAAUAGCCCUGGCAUCUCUAAUGUACAGGCGUGUGAAACGGGGCUCAGCUCUUCCACAAUCCUGGCUGCCUCGACGUACAGUUCACUGGCUGAGAUUGCCCCCUUCCUUCUAUCCAGGUCCCAGUGGAGAAAGUAGCCCCCUCCUCAAUGGGCAUCAGGUCUAA